GCAGUAUCACCUGAGAAAUUCGCGCCCAAAAAUGACGGUAUCUAUAGUAUAGAAAACUGUAUUCUUUCGAAAUUAUAUUGUAUUUGUUUUGGAGAGAAGCAGAUAACAAUAUUUAUUUACAGAAAAAUGUGCUGAUAAUGGUGAUUGUUGAGUCUUUGUUAUGAGCAUGAGCAUCAUGCUGUUCAGUUAUAGCUGAAAAAGAAAACUAUAUAUAGAAGCAUUAUUUAGUCAAUGCUAGAGAAGGCACUAAAAAGGUAUUCGCGAUAGAAAAUAAGCGUACGCCACAUAUCGGAGUUCUUCAAAGCUGCCAAAACGGCACGUUUACUUUGGUUUCAUUGGUUCACAUUUGUUUUUUGUUUGUGCUUAUUGGCAGAGAUUAUAUAAUCUCUGUUAUUGGUCAUAUCUGAAAUGCUUAUAAGUUUAUAACUCAAAACAAUCCGCCCAAAAUAAGUGUUCAAGUUAUUGCCGUCAGGUGGGGCGACGUGUUAUUUUCUAUCAAGGUUCGUAGGUUCUACCAACCUUGAUUUUCUAAGGAAUUUUUCAUUGCCUGGCGACCGUGAAACAAACGUCGUGAUGUGUCGUUCUAUUUCGCCUUUGACUGUAAUGUAUUCUUAUUCUUCGCUAUGACUAAUAUUCGAACAAAAUCAAUGGAGCGCGCCUAUCAUUAUCUUGUUUUCUAUAUGUAUUCAUUUAUCCAAUUCAACACUAAUGAAUGUAGUUCAUAUUGAUAAUGAUUAAGUAAAACCUCUCUAUAUCCAUAUACAAUUUAAUAUCCACAUUCAUCCAUAUUUUUAAAACGUUCCAAAAUAUACCUAUUUCAAAUUAAAAUGAAGACAACGAUAAAACAAUCUAGGAUUGAACCUACAAAAAAUAGGAGUGAAACAAAAGAUGAUCUAAGCACAGAUCUGGAGAACUGGAUGACAAAUCUACCUCAACAGCUCAGAGAAACUCCUUUGAUCAAAUUGACAAUACCAGGUUCACAUGACAGUUUCACAGCGAGCAUUACAUCUUCUUCUGAUAUCGCCCCGGAUGCCGAUGACGUUCUAAAAAAAUUCGAAUUCCUCGGACCCCUCAUAAAGUACUUCAUGGCCAACUGGUCACGCACUCAAACAUACAUGGCUGCCGAACAGUUGAACAGAGGAAUUCGGUAUUUCGAUCUGAGGAUAGGCACAAAAAAGGGCACAGAAGAAUUGUAUAUCGUCCACGGACUCUAUUCGGAUUCUGUUCGUUCAGUGUUGGACGAAAUUGGACAAUUUCUGGACAGCCAUCCCGGAGAGAUAGUGAUUCUGGACUGUCAACAUUUUUACGGACUGCAGCAAGAAGACCAUGAAAGACUGAUGGAAAUGCUGAAGGAACAAUUCUCCACCAAAUUACUGCCUUAUUCAGAUAGUAUGGAUUUCAUGACCUUAGAAUAUUUAACGACCAGAAAUCAUUAUCAGGUGAUAUGCAUCUAUAGGUCAGAUGCUGCCAGAUUCAAUCAAAGUUUACUAUGGCCAUCGGCUUCAUUCCCAACACCAUGGCCCAAUAAGAUUUCUGCGGUCGAGUUGUUCCAAGCCUUGGACAAUGGCCUAGAGAAAAGAUCGCCCAAUUUUGCCUACAUCUCCCAGUGUAUUUUGACACCCAGUGCAUGGUUCAUUCUCAAACAUUUGUUCAGUAACCUGAAAGAAAAAUGUGCUGUUGAUUUUGACAAUGAUCGAUUGGAAUGGAUAAGUAGACAGUCACCUGGAGAUGGAGGUGCAAACAUUAUAAUUACGGAUUAUAUAGAGUUGUCAGAUUGUCAAUGUGUUCGGGAUGUAAUCAACUUAAAUAGAGAAUUGAUGAAAAGUAGAGUAUUAGAUACUAUUAAAUUUGUAUCCGAGGUUGAAAAAUGAACUGGGGAAGAUUGUUUUCUUAGUCAAAUUCCACAUAACAAUCACAAAUAAAUUAUAGCAUAAAAUAGCAAUUAAACCACAGUAGGUACAUAUAGGCAGGUAUAUAAAUACUAUGAGUUAAUUGAGAGCGAAAUAUCUGUAUAUUUAUAGUGACAUAUUGAUUAAGAUUAUAUAGUUGUUUCAAAUCAAUUAUCAAUUCAUUAGCUUUAUUUCAUGAAAACAAAAAACUAUUUCAUACUUAUACAUACAAUAAUAUUGGUCAACGUUCGAUGCUAACUUAAAGAGUGUUGCCACUUAUUGUGACAUAUUUAUGGAAUUGUACCAUAAUUUUUCCAUAAAAUAUGUUGAAAGAUGUGUAAAAUAUAAUCAAUAAUUGUAACAUAUUUUUUCAAUCUAGGUAUUUGAAUUUUUCCAACUUCUUUGCAGGUUUUCUUCUUACUGG